UAUCUUCAUUUAAAAAAUAAAAAAAAAGUCGUAUGCUGCUACGACGUACAAUCAUAUCCACCGUAGUUGAUAUGAAAGUCGCCGGUUUUAUGUUUAUGAAUGAGUGACGAAUCUGCGGACAAAGGCACCAACACUGCUGACGUGAGGCGAGCAGGUGGAUCAGGGAACCCGCGAGUUGGAGCACCAGUUGGGACGUAACAGCGGCCGGUCUCCGCCUCGACGGGCAACAAGCAUUGAGAACCUUUCGGACACCAACAUCCAUACAUUAAUAUAGAACAAUAUUAUUUAUAUGCCGAGAUCGCGGUAGUCGUCCAGCCGACGGAACCACUGGAUAUCAAAAGAUGUCCGACGGUCGCUUCAUGUAUUUCGCUUUCGGAAGUAACUUGUUGAAGGAAAGACUGCAGCUGGCAAACCCGUCUGCGACCUUUCACUCCACCGGAAGACUAAAGGACCAUGAAUUAAACUUUGGCCUGUAUGAGGAAAAUGUGGACAGCAUUUGGCAUGGUGGAGUGGCCACCAUCAGUUCCUGUCCAGGGGCAGAAGUGUGGGGGGUAAUCUGGACUUUGAGCAUUAAGGAUCUCCCAAGUCUAGACAAACAGGAAGGGGUGAAUAAGGGAAUAUACUCUCCGCUGGAGGUUUCAGUGGAAAGUGACAAAGGACUCAUAUUCUGCAGGACUUAUCAGAUGAAACAUGUCUACGCCUGCCCUCCCUCUCCUCAGUACAAACAGGUGGUUUGUCUGGGUGCAAAGCAGAAUGGACUCCCAGGGGAAUACCUGAGGAGGCUGGAGGCCAUUCAAACCAACAACUACAGCGGCCCCCUCAAUGCUUGAUAAAAUCAGAAAGACCAGGAGAAGAUCAGAAGUAGAGCUUAAAGUUCACAUUUCUGGAAGGUAGACAUCAUUUGACAAAAACAACCUCCUUUUAGUAGCUAUUCUAAGAAGAUAAAGAGCAACAAUCAAAUAGACUGAAGAGUAGUUUUUAAGGUUAUUAAUUCACUAACCUUCUGGCAGUUUCUGGCCCUUUUAAACUUUUUGUCAAACAUUUCUGCGGUUAGAAUUGAGAAACUCUGUUAUGAAGUUAAAUUGGCACCAUUGAUUGACCAGAAGUUAGUAGUGCAUGAAGGUAAUAAUGAGACUUUGGCUGGGCACAACAUAUAACGUAUAUUGUCUUUAUUUCCAGCUGCCUGUAAACUAUUUAUGCAAUUCAUUUUUGAGCUAACACAAUGGAAGACUAAAUGCAUGUGACCGGCUUACAUUUGUUUAGUUCAGGGGAAUAAUAAACACUGAUGAAAGACCCUGAA